GGGCAGUAUAAGUAGCCGCUCAGAGGAGCAUGUCCACUCAUCACCAUCCCUUUCCAUACGGAGCGCAUCAUACUCGCAAAAUGUCAUCGGGAGUCAAAACCAUCCUCGUCACUGGUGCUAAUCGCGGGAUCGGACUUGAGAUUGCAAAGUCGUAUUUGGAGAAGGGGUGGAAGGUGGUGGCAGCCGUGAGGGAUGUUGGCAAGAUGCCAAAGCUCGAAGGGGAUCUGCUAGUCGUCAAGAUUGAUGCUGCGUCUCUCACCGAUGCUGAAGAGGCUGCACAAGAGCUUCGCACCAAACACAACGUCCGCGACCUCAACAUCCUCCUCGCCAACGCGGGCGUAGGUAUCAUGGGCCCCCCGCUGGCCCAGACCCCCAUCGCUUCAUUCGACCAGUCUAUACAGAUCAACACCCGCGGCCCUUUGUUGCUCUACCAGGCUUUCAGGGAUAUGCUCGGUGAUGGUGAGGGAAAUACGUUUGCGGUAGUCAGCUCAAAGGGAGGGUCAAUCUCAACGCCAAAGAGGAUCGGAUUUGGAGUUUAUGGGUGUUCGAAGGCUGCUGCCAAUUACUUGGUGCGCGCUAUCCAUUUCGAAGAGCCAAAGCUGAAAGCUUUUGCCAUUCACCCUGGAUGGGUUGAAACCGAAAUGGGCAUCAAUGCGUCCAACAAUGCGAACAUGAAUGGCACCACUCCUCAGAGAUUGGAAGACACCGUUCCGGGAAUCAUCAGACUGUUGGAGACUGCCACCAAAGAAGAACAUUCAGGAUGGAUGUGGGAGUACAAUGGCAACAAGGCUUCUCUUUGAGGCUCAGGCUCGUGGUCUCUGUCUACUCUCCAUGCAGAGACGGGUCGGUCGACGUACCGGACCGUUGCCUCUGUGCUAAGAUGACGGGGAAGUGUAUCGUUUGAUGUAUAGUGUCUGUAGAAACUGAUGUCAAACAACGGCGCAACAUGUAUCGUAUCAUCGUAUCAUACGGCGUAUGCGGCCGAUACAGACGAACACUGGAAUCCAAUAAUUGAGGAGGUGC